AUGGCAUACCACAGAGCACACCCUAACUUGGAAAGCCUCAAACAAUCUUUGGUCCGAGCAGUUGAGCGCUUUCCUCAAGAAGUGCUGCGUGCUGCUAUUGAUGACUGGCCACGAAGAUCAAAUGCCUGUGCGAAGACUGCCACUGAUAUUGAACAACAGAUAAAUUGUGGUCAAGUUGAAGAAUUAAUAGUCCAAGCUGAAAAUGAAUUACGAUUAAUUAGAAAUUUUGUCUAUUCCAAGCCUUGGGAACCUCUUAUUACAACACCUCCUUCAAAUCAGUGGACUUGGCCUCCAGAGAAAUAAUCUGUUAGUUUAUAUAAAUUAUAUAUUAAUAAAAAUGUGUUAG